AGCUGAUGAUAUGAGUAACGUAGUCUUGACCCAUGAGCUCAAGGUAAAGUUGUUGGCCAAAGAACUUGAGGCUCUUAAAGUGGCUGGUAUUAAAGCAGCAGAAUCCCUCCUGGUAGCAGAAACAACUAAUUUGGAGCUGGAAAAAGAGGUGAAGCGCAAGGACUUGGAAAUUAAGGAUCUGACAGCUGUGAAAAAUGCCCGGAUAAAAGACUUAGAGGAUAAACUCCAGUCUGUACAGCUAAUCAGGAAAAAAGAAGAAGAAAUAUUUAAGAGGAAACAUGAAGAGCUGGAUCGCUUUGCCAGAGAAAAAGAUGCUGUGCUAACUGCAGUGAAGGAGGCCAAUGUAGAACAUGUACAGAAACUGGAGGCCAAGGUUCUUGAACACCAAGCCAGUCAUGAUACUCUUGAGAUGGAACUGAGAAGGGCUGAGUGGAGACAGGUUGAUGCCUUAAAAGAGAAGGAUAUUGUCAUUGCCAAGCUUCAAGAGGACGUAGCAGCAAUGAAAUCUGCCUGGGAUGCUCAGAUUGCACAAAUAUCAAAGGAAACGAUUUCCAGAGACCUUCAGAUCCACACGCUACAAGAAGAGGAGGUGAAGCUCAAGGCGCAACUGGCCAGAUUCCAACAGGACAUUGGAAGGUACAAACAGCAGUUAACUUUAGCAAUGGAACGAGAACAGAUCCUAGAACGUGAUAAAGUACAGGUGGAACUAGAUUGGCAAUGUCGUUGUGAAAAUGCUGAAAGGAACCAGUAUGAGAAAUCAGAGGACUUGAUACAGGGUUUAACAACAGCCAGAAACCAGGUUGCUGCCCAGCUUCAAGAGACAGAGCAGAAGUUAUGUGAAAUGAAAACAGUAUUGAAGGCUACAAUCUUUGAAAGAGAUCAAGCAAUUCACACUCUCAGUUUGCAUGGUUUACUUCCUGAAAAGGAGAAAAAGGUGCUCCUAACAGAUCACAGAAUAAAUGGAAGUAAAAAUUUUCCAUCCAGUGAGAUUCAGAAGCUGCAGGAACAAAAUACAAACUUGCGUACUGCAAUUGCGCAUAUGAGGAGGGAAAUGGAGGCUCUAAAUGAUCGAGUCCCCUAUUUUACCAGCACUGGAAAGAAGAUCCCAAAUGCAAUACCUUGUGAUCCAGAGGCUACAUCAGACACAUUAAUUUCUGGUUCCUUGCAGGCUGAUAAAGUUUCCAUUGGGAUGGCUUUGAAGAAGCUACAAACCAAAGCAGUUCUCUUGGAUUCCAUGGUAACACAGCUCAAACAAAAGGUGCAACAGAAACCAUUGGACAUUGAUGAGUUCCAGGGCCAGCUUUCCAGUCACUUAGAUCAAGUCCAUUUAGAAAUUUCAGGGCUACAAGAACAGGUAACUCAGCUCAAGAUGCAUUUCGGUACAGCCAAGAAAGAGGCAGGGAAGACUUCUAACAAGAAUCAACAGCAAAUCCCUGAGUCUUUGACACUUGGAAAAGAGAGUCUGAUGACCAAAAAGCCUCUAGAAGGAGCCGCAGAUCGAAAGGAUCAGUUUGACCAAAUAGGGGCUGGGGAUCAGGCCCAGCCUCUUGGGGCCUUCUCCAUGCAACUGCUGCAGAAGAAACUGAAGGAAGCAGCAAGAAAAAUCUCCAGCCUAAGCCAAGAGAAGCAGCAGCUCAUUGAAAUGGGGAACAGACUUCGUGCUGAACUGGGCCAUUCCAUGAAAUUCUCACAGCAUCCAUUUCAAAGUGUUUCUGGGGCCCUAUAUUCAAAAACACUAACCAGAGAUACUGGGCAUCAUCUCUUAGCUUUGGAGCAGCUUCAAGGCAAGCACACAACCCAGGAACUACAGUAUGCCCAGCAAGACUAUUUCUCUAGAUUCUCUGAAAAUGCCCCAGAAACUUUAACUGGAAAUGAUGCUCCAAGCAACUUUGAGGAAGAACCUAAUUUGCCUCCUGCUCAGAUCCAACUUAAUACUCCCAUGAGGAUUAGUAAAGUGGCUCAGGAGAAAGAAAACAGAUCUCCAAUGCCAACUGAGACCCAAGAGCUGCAUGAGGAAAAUAGGCACCAUACCCGAAGAUCAUCAUCUCAGGCUGGCAGCUCCCUCCAGGAUAUAUGGCAGAUGUUAGAUCUGGGAUCUAGUCCUUCUGGCUUCACCUCUCAAGAUGACUCCAUUCCAGUGGAGCUUCUAGCACCCAGAGCAGCUGACAGCCUCCAAGAACUGAACCAGGAUACAGUAGGGACUCCCAGAGCUUUUACCAUUGAAGGAAUGAAGUUGGAGGUCCAGCCAAGACCAAAAUCCACCAAGUCCUCUAAGCCCCAUCCUGCAAAACCAAAAAUUACUCAGAAAUCAUCAAAAAUCAGGAAUUAUAACGUGAAAGACUAACCUAAAUAUGACAGUGCCCAGCUCUUCUCUUCUCCAAUGACAGGAUCUACUGGAAUUUGUGGACAGCUCUAUUGUUGGUGUGAUUGGGAUAGAGGAGCAAGGCAGGAAAGUAAGUUCUUAGAUUCAAGAAUAGAAACUUCUAUGUUACACAUUUUGUUGGAGAUGGCUUAAUUGGUGUUGCCUACAGAGUUAAUUAAAAUUAACAAGCAUCUUAGCUUUUACAAUAGUCUUGAUGGUAGGUUGUGAGUUGUCCUAUAUGGCAUAAAUACUUAUACAAUGAAUCAAAACUAAAGAAUGUCAUGAAAAUCUCUUACUUCCUGGCUAACAGUAGCAAAAGUGACCUACUGUUACACUGGGGCUUGGCUCUCUGUUAUCAGACCCAUACAGUGACUGCUCUUCUGUUUCUAGGAUAUGUGGACAAUGCCCAGCUCCACCUAUAUUCCUGUAUGUAUGAUGGAUAUUUUUUUUUUUUAAGAAAACCUGGGGGCAGCUAGGUGGU